UCAUUUCAUCAUCAUUCUGAAAAGCUUAAUUAGUAGUAGUAUUUGUAUUUAUUAGCUACUCCACUUGCUUUUGCAUAGCAGGUGAAGAAAGCACGGACCUGGGAGUUGGGUGAAACAAACCUAUUCAUACUGUUUCUCUUGUGAUUCUGCUUCCUGAUGAAGAGAAUGAGGGGUCAUCCCAUCUUUUAUCUCUCUCUCUUUUAUUGGGUCCUCUCUGUUUCACCUUAUGAUGGGCCACUCUAUGAUUCUUCAGCGUUCGCCGAGUGCAAACUAUACCCGGAGAAGCCACUUUAUGGUGGGGGAAUUCUAAAGUAUAAGUUGCCAGAGUUUCAUGAGUUUACGAGGGCGGAUGGAAACACAGUCCAUUUACCUAUUUUCAAACUGCAAGAUAUCACUCCUGACACCAUUUAUUCUUUUUCUACUUGGAUUAAGAUAAAAAAUGCAGAUUCUGCUGUCGUAACAGCAAGCGUAGGUGACAAAGAUUCAGAAGAAUUAUGUGUAGGCACUGUAGAUGCUAAGUCGGGAUGUUGGUCCUUCCUCAAGGGUGGAUUUGUAGCUUCUACACUUAAUUUGUCUUCCAUAUAUUUAAAGAAUUCAGAUCAAGAAGACUUAGAAGUUGAGAUUGCUAGUGCUUCAUUGCAGCCUUUCACUGAGCAGCAAUGGUUGUUGAAUCAGCAAACAAAUAUUAAUAUGGCUAGGAAGCGCGCUGUUACUAUCCAUGUCUCAAAUAAGCAAGGAGUCAGACUUGAAGGUGCAUCACUAACAAUAGAACAAGUCUCCAAGGAUUUUCUCCUUGGAUCUGCCAUUGCAUAUACCUUUAUUGGUAAUACCCCCUAUCAGAACUGGUUUCUUGAGCGAUUCAAUGCUGCAGUUUUUGAAGAUGAAAUCAAGUGGUACACCACAGAGCCCAAACGGGGGCUAAUUAAUUAUACUCUAGCUGAUCAGUUGCUGGAAUUUGUCCGAAGGAACCAGAUUACAGUUAGAGGUCACAAUAUUUUCUGGGAGGACCCUAAAUAUACACCAGGCUGGGUUCAAAAUCUUACAGGUUCUGAGCUGAAAUCAGCUGUAAACUCCAGGAUUCAGAGUCUUAUGUCCAAAUACAAAGAUGAAUUCAUUCACUGGGAUGUUAAUAAUGAACUACUUCACUUUGAUUUCUAUGAGCAAAGGCUGGGACCAAAUGCAACACUGGAAUUUUACAGGACGGUGCACCAACAAGACCCUUUGGCAACCUUGUUCCUCAAUGAAUUCAAUGUGGUGGAAAAUUGUGAUUCUAAGUCUACCGUUGAUAAAUAUAUCUCAAAGAUGAGGGAGCUCAAAGAAGAUGGCAUGUCAAUGAAAGGAAUUGGCCUUGAGGGUCAUUUUGGAGCCCCCAACCCGCCUCGAAUAAGAGCUACUCUGGACAAAUUAGCAACAUUGGGGCUGCCCAUUUGGCUCACGGAAGUUGAUAUCAGCGAUACAUUUAGCAAGGAGAGGCAGGCUAUUUACUUGGAACAAGUAUUAAGGGAGGGCUUCUCACAUCCAGGUGUGGAUGGGAUAAUGCUGUGGAGUGCGAUUAGGAGAAAUAAAUGUUACAGAAUGUGCCUUACUGAUCCAGACUUAAACAACCUACCAACUGGUGAUGUAGUGGACAAGCUUCUGAAGGAGUGGGACACUGGGGUCCUGAAGGGCCAAACAGAUGAGCAUGGCUCUUACAGCUUCUAUGGCUUCCUUGGUGAAUACAAAGUUACUGCUAGUUAUGGGGGUAAAGUUGUGGAUGCAGUAUUCUCCCUUAGCCGCAGUGAAGAGACUAAGCAUUUUAGCCUUCACCUGCCGGUGAUUAGUACUUAAUAUAAAACAUAAUGGCAAAUGUGAUUCUAUGACUUAAAGCAAAGAGCACUCAGAUGCAUUUUCUUUUUCUUGUCUCAAGUUGAGACACGGAAAGAAUACACAAGAUUUAUUAGGCCAACAGCAAGCCUAACCAAUUAAGAAAAUCUUGUUUUUAGUAAAUAGUUAAUUGCUAGUAUCGUGAAUCUUUCAAGUUCAAA